GCUUAUAAGCUUAAUUCAGAUAUACGUAUAUCUUCUACCUUUAACCUUAAGCUUUGGGUGAAAAUGUCUGGCGUUUGGGUUUUCAAGAACGGUGUGGUCCGGCUCGUCGAUAAUCAAGCUGGACCUGAGUCUGUAAAUGGAAGCGGUCAAGGGUCAAGUGGUGUUCGCCGGAAAGUGCUGGUUCACGUUCCUACUAAUGAAGUUAUCACUUCUUAUGCUGUUCUUGAAAACAAGCUUUCUUCUCUUGGGUGGGAGAGGUACUACGAUGACCCUGACCUCCUCCAAUUCCACAAAAGAUCCACAGUUCAUCUCAUCUCCCUCCCUAAGGAUUUCAGCAAUUUCAAGUCCUUGCACAUGUACGAUAUCGUCGUCAAAAACCGUAACAUGUUUGAAGUCAGGGAUAUGGAGUAGUGUUGCUUCUCUUGCUACUAUAUAUGUCGCAUAUUAAUCGGUGUGUUUGUAUCUGUGUUAUAAUCCCAAUCGAAUGGUUCUAAUUUAUGUCAAGCAUGCUAUGUGUGCUUAAUAACUAGUUUAUGAAUAGCUGAUAAUGUAGUUAAGGGUUUGCUUUGGCAACUGCGUAGUCGGUGACUGAGAGUCACAGUUUCUCGUGGGAAUGAAAAUAAGACUUCUAUUGUGUGCCUUAUUA